AUAUUCAUUUACAGACACUGUAAACGCUAUGUGUGCUAAGUAUACCCUACGGUGUGGCUGAUUUGCAAUUACUGUCUGGCAGUCGUCAUUUAAGUCUUUUAUUGCUGAGUGACAGAGAUACGAAAUUACUCAAGAUUACCACUGGUGAAGCAGACAAAAUGGAAGCUCCCACAUAAACGUUUUUAACAGUCCUCAAUCCAAUGUGCAAAGCUUUUACGGGGUGCUUCAACCCCUAACGUCUUUGAUAAGAAAGCUCUGCGCAGCUGUUGGGCCAAAACAAACCCGAAAGCGAUGGCCAGUAGCCUGUUGACGGCUAACAACUGAGCGGCACGUUCAGUUCUGACUUGUGUCUUACGCGGCGUAUACGCAACGAGCGGCAUCGGCUGCAGUACGGUUUGGAGGCAAGGCUAUAUAAGCAAGGGAUGCGCCCCGAAAGCCAACAGAUGGUCGCUGACUGUGCACGCGUGUGGUUAUCGGAGAUCAGUAAACACCCAAACUAAACGCUGAACAUUAUUGUAAUAAAAACUGUGCACACAAAAAAGAACGAAGAGGGGAAAAUACAUAAUAAUGAAAAUGCUGCCGCACAUUUAUUCAACAUUUUGAUGUGGCAAGCAGGAACGCCGCCGAAAUUCUUUGGAUCGACAAAAAUUAUCUGAAGCGAAUAUAAAUCAGGAAAAUUCCCGCGAGUGCAUUCGGAAUUGCACACUAAAUGAAUAAAUGUUGGCGUCGCAGCCAUAAGAACAACAAAAAUUCACUCCUGUCACACCCAGAUACAAACAGCACUGGCAGUGGGAGCGUUGGCAGGAAGAUGAUAAUCAGCAUGAAUCAGACAGAAUCGGUGCCCCUGGCUGCUGUGCAGACGCUAAGCGGAUACGCCAGUAGCAGCAACAGUGUCCGGUUUCUCGAUGACCACCAUCCCCUGGACUAUCUGGACGUGGGAGCGGCGGGAGCCGCCCCGCAUGCUCUCGUCAAUGGUACAAUCAAUGUCACCACAACAGAGUACAACGAGACGGGCAGAGGACCCCUGGACCCGGAGCUUGUCGAACGAUUCCUGAGCAAUCGGGCAGUGGACAGUCCUUGGUACCACAUGCUAAUUAGCAUGUACAGUGUCCUAAUCGUGUUCGGGGCUCUGGGCAAUACACUGGUGGUCAUUGCUGUAGUCCGAAAGCCAAUUAUGCGCACGGCCCGUAACCUCUUUAUACUCAAUCUGGCCAUCUCGGAUUUGCUUUUAUGCCUGGUCACCAUGCCGCUGACACUUGUGGAGAUCCUAACCAAGUACUGGCCCCUCGGCUCCUGUUCCAUCCUCUGCAAAAUUGUCGCCAUGCUUCAGGCACUUUGCAUAUUCGUUUCGACAAUAUCCAUAACUGCCAUCGCUUUUGAUCGAUAUCAGGUGAUUGUGUACCCCACCAGGGACAGUCUACAGUUUGUGGGAGCCGUCACAAUACUGGCCGGAAUCUGGCUGCUGGCCCUGCUGCUGGCCUCGCCGAUGUUCAUUUAUAAGGAGCUGCUCAGCGAGGAUACACCACUUCUGCUGCAGCAGAUUGGGCUGCAGGAACAAAUAAGGUUCUGUAUCGAGGACUGGCCGACCAGCAACGGCCGCUUCUACUACUCGAUCUUCUCGCUGUGCGUGCAGUACCUGGUGCCGAUCCUGAUCGUAUCGGUGGCCUACUUCGGCAUCUACAACAAGCUGAAGAAUCGCAUCACCGUCGUCACCGUGCAGGCCUCGUCACAGCGCAAGGUGGAGCGCGGCAGGCGCAUGAAGCGCACCAACUGCCUGCUUAUAAGCAUCGCCGUCAUCUUCGGUGUGUCGUGGCUGCCGCUGAACUUUUUCAACCUGUACGCGGACAUGCAGCGCUCGGGGUCGGGCCCCACCUCGAAUAUGCUCGUGAUAUACGCCAUUUGCCAUAUGAUUGGCAUGAGCUCGGCCUGCUCCAAUCCGCUGCUCUAUGGAUGGCUCAAUGAUAACUUCCGUAAAGAAUUUCAAGAAUUAAUAUGUCGUUGCACUGAAUCCACUAAUGUUGCUCUUAAUGGUCACACGACAGGCUGCAACGUGCAGGCGGCGGCGGCGCGACGGCGACGCAAGCACGGCGCCGACAUCUCCAAGGGCGAGCUGAAGCUGCUCGGCCAUAGCGGCGCCGCACUCUGCGAGGGUGCCAACGGUGGCGAUGGUGAUGCCACAGGUGGUGGUGUGAGCAUGGCUGCCACCGAUUUCAUGACCGGACAUCAGGAAUGUGGACUGCGGAGCGCCGUGACCGAGUCGGUGGCGCUCACCGAGAAUCCCAUGCCCACGGAGGUCACCAAGCUGAUGCCUCGUUUGGAACAAUACUAAAUUGCAUUUUGCAUAUGUGUACUUGUACUCCAUUUCCUCCUCCUUCCGACUUGUGCAAUCCCAGGCCCCGAGGAGCAGCGAGAGCCGUGAGAAUCGUGUGAGUGAUGCGACGUACGACGAGUUGCUUCCCAGUUCGUUUUUAGAAUUUACAUGAAUACGAUAUAUUGUCCAGUGAUCCAAAGCCAAGCUGAGUUAAACUUAAGUUAAGACAGACAACGAGGAGAAACCACUACUGACCCAUGUAUAUGAUAUGUACAUAUAUAUAUAUAUAUUCCUAAAUCAUCACCUUCCGUAUCACGUUCAUUGACAAAAAGACUUAGUCUAGUGACUAUUUUGGUUGAUCAUUUCCAUAUCGAAUUCCGAAAAGUAAUUGAUUGAGCCCCCAACUGAAAUUCGGGAAUUUGAUAAGUCGAUAAUAAGUUCUUAUUAUACAUACAGUUCCUAAGAAGCGAUCUAUUGUGUUUAACCCUCAUAUUUUCGUUUCCCCUCAGAGACCUCGAUACCUUUUCGAAUAAGCUAGCCAUAAAUACAUAGCUCACUAGAUGCACUAGAUGUGCAGUGUGUAAUUUUCUAUAAAUAAGAACAUAUAAAAGCCACAAUACAAAUAGUAAUAAUUGACAACUGUAUAAUAUAAUAAUCUUACCCGUAAGUUUAAAGUACAUAAUUGUCAGUUCUUACAACUAUAUAAACCGAUGUUUGCCGUCUGCUGGCAUUUCACUAAUGCCACAAUGAAUUUUAAUAAAUGUUGUUUACAAAUCUAA